GCGGGGGCGUUUCUCGUUCUGCUCAAGAGUCUCCAGGCCCGGCCCCGGCCCCGGCCCCGGCCCCGUCGGUGCGGCUGCCCCUGUGCUCGGUUGGGCCCCUCGCCCGCAGUUCCGGAAGGAAUUUCAGAAAGUAGGAAUGGCAUCAGUAGCCUUAUUUCCACCGUCCCAGUCCCAGACUCCUAGAUUUCAGAGCGUUAGUUUUGACUACGAGACUGAUAAUCAAAAGAAGACUCCUUUUACAAUUGUGGACUGCAAGCCAUUUCUUUACAGAGACAUUGAAUGUAGGGCCAAAGAAGAGGAUAAAAUAGCUCAACAGAAUUUGAAGGUCCAUGAAAAGAGCACAUUUUCAUCAAGAGCAAAGUCUCGAGACUCUGUGAAAAAGAUGGACUCAGUCAUUGAAAGAGAGACCCAGGCUACAAUAGAUAAAGGAUAUAUUACUUCUGGUCCCAACUGGGCUCUUACUUUUGCAAAAUGUUGCCAAAGUGACAAACAGUCUUUAACAGAUUAUAUCAAGGAACAGAAGGAGUUGUUUCUGCUGCAGUAUGCAGUAAAAGUAAAAAAACAAACUAUAAAGAAGCUGGAGAAAUUAGCAAUGCAAGCCGAGAAAGAGGCCAGUUCUGCCGAAGCAAAGCUCGAAGAUGAUACAAUUGCAUUUGAGGAAUUUCUGAAAGAAAAUGACCGAAGUUCUGCAGAUGCACUUAACAUGUUAGAAUUGCUAUUACAGUUAAUGUUUGUUUUAAUUUUUGAUCUACUGAAAACCGUACACCUAUAUCUCUGUAAUAUUUCCACAUUAUUUUUUAGUGCAGCCCAAGAAACUAAAUCCAAAAUGGAAAUGGUUGCAGAUGUAAAGUCUGCUAUUAAUGAACUCUUCGCUAUUAAAAGUGAAAUUGCAAAUGCCGAAUUCCUUCUCAUGGAGAGUUUAUAUUAUGAAGAUUUUUUGAUGAAACUUUCUCCUAAAGAAUGGCAAGAAGAACAGAGAACAAAAAUGUUGAAAGCAAGAAUAGACAAGCAGAGAGAAAGAAAGAGCAUGCAGAGAGAAAUGAUUACGUGUACUUUCACUCUACACCAAGAAAAAGAAAGUGUACGCAAAGAGAAGAUAAUUUCUUCAGUUCCACGCCAACCACGCCACUGUUCUAUUUUUUUAAAGCCAAAUAGACUCUCUGUAUCAAAUACAGACAGGCGCUUCAGUUCCAUUGAGAAAAGUGCUGGAUACAAUAGGAAAACAGCAACUGAGAAUUGUCACCAGAGAACAGCGGUGCAUGGUAACAAAGCAAAUGAACACAGGUCUUUUAGAAAGCUCACAGAAGCAGACUUGGAUGAAGAAGUGAAAUUGUUAAGUGAGUGCAAAUCCAUCUUGACUGAUAAAAAAAAGACAUCAUUAAGGUGGGAAAACGAAAGUGAUUGUGCAAUUCAUGAAGAUUCCUUGAAAGACCUGAAAACUGAUAUGAUGCCAGAAAUAUAUUUCACAGACCCAAAAGAGUUACUUCAGAUCUUCACAGAGCUAGAGGAACAAAAUCUUGCAUUGAUCCAAAAUAACCAAGACUUAGAUGAAACUAUGGAUGAAAUUGAGCAGAUGGCAAAAACUAUAAAGGCAAAACUAGAUGAAAAAUUAAAUGUUGUUGUUGGACAUAAAGAAAUUCUUAAAGUUUCCUGCAUCAGUGAAGAGGAAAAACUCACAGAUCUGGCACUAAGAGCUAAAAUGUUUUCUUUUGGAGAGUUUAAUCCAGAAAUCCAGGACAAAAUGCUACAUUCACUUACUAAAAAGGUUGCAGAAGUGUACAGAGCUAGUGUUGGAGACGUAGAUGCAUCAAGCCUUAGCUCCAUUCAGAUGUUGAGGAGAAUAGAGAAUCGAAUUGAAGAACUGUGUGAAUUGUUGGAGUCAGUUCCAAAAGAAAAUAUUGAAGCAAUUGAGAAAAUUAAGAUGAAAGAAAGAAGGCAAAGGUUACGUGAAGAAAAAAAGAGACAAGAAAUGAAACUUCAGGAAGAACGACUGCAGUGUUCUCUGAAAAGAGCAAUUGCAGCACCAAAGAAGAAGAUGGGAAGAAAACUGGUAUUUCGCUCACAGCCUCCAGAGAUUAGACAGAAGGAGGUGUGCCUGAAAGAGACCACCACAAAAACGCAAGACGACUUGUUAUUUUUCACUUGAGUUUAAAAGUAGCUGUACCUCCUUAAAGGUAGUUUUACAAUGUUGUAGCUUUUUCUUCCUACUUAAUUCAUCUAGAGCAAAAAUUAAUAUUCUGUACUGUAGUUUAACAGAACUUACUAACAAAAAGGAGUUAUUAAUAUGCAGGGAUCCUUACUGCAAGUAGAAAACCUAUUUUGUACAUCAAAUGUGAAAAAGUCCAGAAUCUCUUCACUGCUUGUUCUGUAACACCUAUUACCCCUAUCAGCAGAGAAAGAUACCAUUCCCACAAUUCCUUCAGUACACUCCAAUGUAGUCAGCUUAGAAAGACAAGCUGUUUGCAACGGUAAAAAAAAUCCUCACUGACUUUUGAGCUGCUAUGACUGCAGUGCAAUAAAAGCGAUCGGACACCCGUUGCUACAUAAAGUGAUAUCACGAUCCUGUUGAUAUGCACAAAUUUAAAAAUAAAAUUUACCAGGGGAAGCCACUUAAAUGCAAGAGUUUACCUUUAAGAAUAGAAUAAAGUAGUACACAUAUUAGGAUGAAAUGAAAUUUUAAAAUACUAUCAGCUAUGUAAUCUUAUUUCAAUUUCAGACUGAAAGAUUUCCUCUAGCAUUAAUCUUGCAACAACCUUUAAAAAGUUUGACUUUAAAUUAGAUGGUUUUAUACAGUUCAGAGUUUCCCUCCAUAUGAGAAUACACUAAACAAACAAGUUACACAUUUUAUAUAAAUUUGUACAGUAAAACUUCAGACUCCUUAACAAAAGUUGUGGAAAAACUGAUCUUUAUUUUCCAGAAAUAUACAAACUUAUUCUCUCAUUUCUCCAUCUUCUUCUUCUUCUUCUACUCCUCUGAUGUACAGGACAUUGUUACAUCUGUAAAUAGAACCAGAAGUUCUCUUAAUUUUAAAGAUGUUAUUGUUCUGAUUUUCCCCAGAUGAACACUAGCUUUUAACUAAGUUAUGUGUUUUCCAAAUUGAACUUGGACCAGCUACUUAAAAAACCCUCCAAAUAUCAAGUUUAUCAGGUCAACCAAUUAACAUAUAUUGAUUGUGAUCCCACAGUCCAAGAGCUUUCCAGAUGGUUCAUUUUGUAACUGUCCAUUAUGACAGACAAAAUAAGUUAUUUAAAGAAUAACAGAUUCAUUGUACACUAAUUUAUUUUUAGGCCCAGAGCCUAUAAACUUAUGCUCAUGCUUAACUUCAAGCACAAGAGUGUUUGCAGGAGCCGGGCCUUAAUACACAUGUAAUAGUAUAUUCGUACUCUGUUGAAAUUCCUCCCUGCCACACACACAGUUUGGAGUCUCUGCCACCUGCUGAUUGCUGUGAAACUGUUCAGUGCCUACGUAACUUCCUGAUAUUAGUAGUGAGAUUUUCCUCAGCUACUGACAAAAGAUUCAAAUAAAUAUCCAACAAGAACCCAAAGAACCAAUCAGACAUCAUUACAAAAGGAGAAAUUAUGAAACAUUUGUGAAUUUUAGUGUUACUUCCCUCUCCCCCGAUAAUAAAGUUUUUUAGUGUAAUCCUUUAACAAAGCGUUGUCAGGGACUGUUUAGCACAGAAAUAGAUACUACAAUUAAUGUCUUUAACAUUGAAUGUUUUCAGAUUGUUUUAGGUCAAGUAUUAGGAGUUGAACAGUUAUGUCCCUCUACAAAUAUGUCUACUAUGUAACUUACAAAAUAUUCUAAUUUGAUAAUUACCUUAUCAAAACUUCACCAAGGUGACCUGACAAUGCACCAUCUAUGUAUUCUUCUGUGUUUGCAAGCUUUUAGAAAAGAAAGAAAAUAUUAGCACAAUUGUUUGAAGAAAAUUCUCAGCCAGCAAGUAGUAAAUUAUUGUAAGGCUAAAGUCAUUCUACAAGGGUUAAUGGGCCCUUUUGGAGACUGUAGUAACUUGUAAUAAUAAAUAGUAACUUGUACCUCCUCAUUAGAACACUUAAUGUUGUUAUGCAUGUAGCUUAUUAUGUUUCACUUUUUAUUUAGAAAUUUGACCAGAAGUAUGUAAUAUAUAGCCCAGUAUUGCCUAUUGCUUUAGAACUAGUCUACAAACUAAAACUUCCUGUAAGUGUACUUUUGAGGAAAAUUAAAACAGAUGUUUGCCAUCAGGCUUCAAAGAAGUAA